AUGGAUCAUUACGAGCCAUCCUCACGGUCUCAACGGGCGUACCCUCAACGCGAUCGCCCACCUCCUCCCUCAUACCACGACGCGCCUCCGCCUCCAUCAGGCCCUCGCGACAUGUUCCAAUUCCGCGGUGCUGCUGCCCGUCCUGCCGCAGAUAACUACCGCCCUGGCGGCCCCGGUCCUAGACGAGAUGGUUUCAACUUCUCAGCUGGCAACAAUGCGCCGUCCUUCGCACCUUCGGACAACUACCCGGGCGCUAGAAGACCCCCUCGAGACUCGCGUCGUGGCGGUCGCAACAACGCCCGUGGCCGCGGUCCUCCUCGCAGAUUUGGACCUAAGCCUGCCCACGAACGCGAUUUGAUGCGCCGCCAGCGCGAACCCACCCCGGACCAGUUAGAAGGCAUGAAUGAAGGAAAGGAAUCGCGCUUCAAGGUGCUUGACGACCUUUCCGAGAGUGACAGCGGCAGUGACGAUGACAGUGCUAUGGAUCUUGAGACAGACGCUCAUGAUUCUACCCAUGCUCCUGUCCAACCAUCCUUCGCCAAUAACGCUAGCCAUUCUGACGACUCCGAGGACGAACACCCCAGAGCAAAGCGUGCUCGAGUAAAGAGUAAGAGCCCCGAGUCCGAACAGGCCAAACCUAAGUGGUCCAAUCCUGAUCCUUAUACCGCCCUACCUCCACCUGGCGAAUCCGAUGCCAAGAAGAAGGAUGUCGUCAAGCUCAUUCGUAAGGCCAAGGUCGAGGCAGCGAAGCCCACUGCCGCUGCUGCCGAAGGUGAGGACUUCAUCUCGCUCAAUUUUGACGAUGACUUCGCACAAGAGAUCAGCGAUGAUGAAGGUGGUAUCUCACUCUCCGGAUCUGUCAGGGGCGAGCACUCUCUACCCCACAAGCCUUCCUUCAGCCACUUGGAUCACCUCCAUCCUGAUCGCAACCUCCCUCCGCCGGCACCUCCUGCAGAAGAGGCCAAAGGUGUGAACAUGUCAGCACCGAUGGCCUUGCCUCGUCUUGACGUCUGGCCCCCACCAGCUGAUGUACAUGGCGAUCCAUCAGGCCGCAGCCAAUAUCACACGGGAAUGCAGAGACAAGAGGCCAAGGAUGCUCCAGCCCCUCUCCGCAAGGAGAACAAGAAGCGCAAGCGUCGUGAUGACAGUGGCAGUAUUGUUGACGAAUGGCUCACCCCUGAAGAUACCGAUCCUGCUCCUUGGUUCGCCAACAAGCUCCAAGGUGACCGUGCUGAGCAGUGGCUUCAUAAUGAGAUUCUCGACUUCCACAACUAUGUCAAGCCUCGCGACUUUGAGAACCAAGUUCGUGAGGACUUGGUUAACCGCAUGGAGCGCGCAGUCAGGCAGCAAUUCCCUAACUUGAAUAUUCGUGCCUUUGGCUCGUUCGCUUCUGGUCUGUAUCUACCGACUGCUGAUAUGGAUCUUGUUGCCUGUUCGACUCGCUUCUUGAAGAGCGGUCAUGCAGAGCUUUAUGCAUCCAGGAACUACAUGUUCAGAUUUGUCAACUGCCUUAAGAAGGCUGGAAUUGCCGUCGAGAACUCAGUCACCGUUAUCUCGCAAGCCAGAGUGCCUUUGGUCAAGUUUGUCGAAAAGGUGACCGGUCUGAGAGUUGAUGUCUCGUUCGAGAAUGAUAGCGGCCUUCUCGCCAACGACACCUUCCAGAUCUGGAAGCAGCAAUACCCUGCUAUGCCUAUCAUUGUCUCUCUGAUCAAGCAGUUCCUUGUCAUGAGAGGCUACUCUGAGGUUUUCAGUGGUGGUUUAGGUGGUUACUCGGUUAUCUGCCUUACAAUCACCGUUCUUCGCGUCCUUGAGGAGCGCCAUGGCCGCGACUGGGACCCUAUGUCGAGUUUGGACACAGUCCUGAUGACGUUCUUUGUGCACUUCGGUAGAGACUUCGAUAUCGAGAAGCAUGGCAUCCAGAUGGAGCCCUGGGCUAUUGUAGCCAAGAAAUCAUGGAGAGGCACGAACAACAAACCCUCCAAACCUGACAGACUCCUUAUUAUCGACCCCAACAACUACGGCAACGACAUCUCUGGCGGCUCUGGAUCAAUCUUGAAGAUCUUUGAUAAGUUUGCCGACGCUUUCAGAGAGCUCAAUAUCUGCAUGUCAGAUGCCGAGGAUACGUACAAGGAGAGUGGCGAUGUUAUUAGCAUUCUUGAACGUGUUUGGGGUGGUAAUUACGCGCUCUUUGAAGCCCAGCGUUCGCGCCUCAGAACUGUAUGGCAGCAGAACAUGGCCAGGUAUGCUGCUAUACACUCAAAUUCGAACAGCAGAGCAUGA